AUGGAGAAAUGCAGCAUCAAGAUGGAAAAGAAGGCUACCAAAAACCCAUCUGGCUGGAAGAAUUUCUUAGCCGCGGGCAGAUCUUUGGCGGUGUUAGAUCUCCUUUUACCAGUAACAAUCAUCUCUGCAAUUACGAUUGGAGUGGUCAUAUCUGUGUAUGUUCCUGCUUCACGUCAAGCCUUCGACCCAUCUAGACACGCCAGCUUCGUUGGGGUUUCUGUGCCCCUGCUAGUAGGUAUGGUAGUGAUGAUGGUACCCCCGAUUUGCAAGGUUUCUUGGGAGUCUAUUCACAAAUUACUCAGCAAACAAUAUAUUAGAGAUCAGCUCUUGAUUUCGAUAUUUCUGAACUGGGUAGUAGGCCCCCUGCUUAUGACAGGUUUAGCAUGGAUGACACUGUUCAAAUUCCCAGAAUAUCGCCAAGGGAUCAUUAUGAUUGGAGCAGCGAGGUGUAUUGCCAUGGUUUUGAUUUGGAACCAAAUUGCAGGUGGAGAAAACGAGCUUUGCGUAGUUCUUAUUAUUUUGAACUCGUUGUUACAGAUGAUCCUUUACGCACCAUUCCAAAUACUUUACUGCUACAUUAUUUCAGGUGACCAGCCUUCAGUCGCCAAAAGCGCCUUGUAUGCUGAAGUUGCUAAGUCUGUUGGUGUAUUCCUUGGUAUUCCCAUGGCGGCUGGCAUUGCUAUUCGUCUUGCCUUCAUUUUCUCACUUGGCAAAACAAAAUAUGAAAAGUACAUCCUGAAAUUCAUCUCACCUUGGUCUAUGAUUGGAUUUCACUAUACUAUUUUUGUGCUCUUCAUCAGUAGAGGCUACCAGUUUGUUCAUGAAAUUGGCCAAGCUCUUUUGUGUUUCGCUCCUCUCAUUCUGUAUUUUUCAAUAGCUUGGUUCACUACCUUUGCAAUAAUGCGAUUCCUGGGUAGGGCCAAAGCUACAAAUGAAGAGGGAUGCGAGUGUGACCAAGAGCUACUUAUUAAAAAUAUUUGGGGCAAGAGAACCUGUACCGCCAGCUAUCCUAUUGUUAUGACACAGUGUUUCACAGUAGCUUCGAACAAUUUUGAGCUGUCGUUAGCUGUGGCAAUUUCAACAUAUGGUAAUGAUAGCAAACAGGCAACCGCAGCCAUAAUAGGGCCUUUACUAGAGGUUCCAUAUAUGCUAGCUUUAUCUAUGAUUGCCAAAGCUCUGAAAUCCACUUUUAUUUGGAGAACUGAGCAUCUAGAGACGGGUAGAUAG